GGCGGAACUAAAGCAACACGAUAUACAUAUAUAUAUAUAGAUAGUGUCGCUAUAAUGCCCGCCAAAUUUAAAAACUAAAAUAAUGUCGCAGCUUAAUAUUAUGCCUAAAACACACUUUCACAAGAUAGAAGAUGAGGGCAACCCGCAGGUUUUGAAUUUUGUCAAAUAGAUUCCUCAAUUUCUUCUCAUUCUUGUUCGGAACAUCAAGCAGUAACAAUGAAUUUCUCGAUCUUUGUGCUUUUAACUGUAUUUAUUAACUGCGGUAGAAUACGUCACAGAGUUACAGCAACGACAGAAAAUUUAGAAGUAAUCCAUAGAUCAUUAAAAGCAACAACUACAGAUAGUGAUAACAUCCAGAUGCCAGAGAAAGAAAUUUCUCGGAUGGAUACGUCUUCGAAACAAAACUCGGUUACAUUACAAGGCUUAGAGAAAAUUGCUAAUAUGAAGAUCGACUCUUCGAACAGGAAAUCAAAAAUUUUAAGAAGCUUGGCUUUUCUAGCUGGUUUAAGUGUUGGUGGUUUAGCAGGUGCAGCGUCGUCCGAUGUAAAAACCUACACCAAAUUGCCACCGUUGAGUGUGAAUGUUGGUGCUUCUCGAAUUUCACCUCAAGUUGCUGCAAUUUAUAAUCCUUAUCCUUACGUGUCGUAUCCUUAUAUAUUAGCCACUCCUUUCGGAAUUUAUCCUUUAUGGGAUCUACUACGGUCACAGUCAAUUAAUGGGAUACAAAACAAUUUUCAACCAUUAACACAAAAUCCGCAAGUAUUGAACUUGUUCGAUAACAAACCAACUGAUCUGCUAAAUAAUAGUGACGAAUAUGUAGAGGAAGCUCAGAAAAUUGAAAACAUCAAAAAUCCGAACGACACUGAAGAUACUGACAAGAGUGUAGAGUCCCAAGUGGAGGGCGAUCGGAACGCGGAAGAGAAGAUACAAUCAUCUUCUGCUAUUGCGUGCAUUAUGCGAAAAGGAGUUAAUACGAAACAAGGCAACUUGGUGAAAGAUAUUGUCAAUGAACGUGAAAAUGCUGAUAGUUCGUUAAUGACAUCGAAUCUACAAACUAUAAAUAAAACAAUGGUUCCUACCAACACAGCUAGUAGAAAUGCGACUCAAAUUUCAAUGACAAUCAAUACUACACAAAAUUCAACAAUGAAUAACAACCAAACAAAUCCAUCUUUUUAUGGCUAUUAUGAAGGAUAUCCACAAGACAUAAACCAAAUCGAUUUUACUACGGAAUCGUACGAACAUAAAUAUCACGAUUACGAACAUACUAAUUACAAUUUACCUUCUUAUGACAAACCUGUGAAUUUUUAUUCAGAUAACAGAUAUAGCUAUUAUUCCGUACCACCUGUUGAUUCUUAUCCAUCGAGUCAGUUUCAUCAGGAUCCCGAAUAUCCGCCUAACGACUAUAAACGAUUUUUCUAUACAUCAGAUAAUACACCACCAUUUACCAAUACUGAUUUCAGACCUGUAGCCUAGGAUCAUUGUAACGUAUAAACCACGUAACAAUGUAAAUGCUCAUGAUAGAGUAAUAUGCUAAUAAAUAAAAUAUUUUAUCCUUCAAUUAAUGAAAUAAAUUUCAUGAUAUAUUUUUAAAAGAUAUAAUUAAAUGUAUAAUAUAACAUGUAUUCAGUUACAUAAGUGUUAAAUGAUUAUUAUCGGUCAGUAGAAUGAUUUGUAUGUAUUGUAUGAAUUGUCUCUUAGUAUAUAUAUGCAUGUAUAUGUCCUAGUUGGGUGUAAAUAACUAUGUCCUUCAUGUACUAUACUAACAAUGUGUUGUGUACCUACGUUGGAUAGAUCACUAAUAAUUACGGAUUGCUUCAUUACAUUCCUUUAAUGAACACGUUCUCGUAUAAUUCAAAGAAUAGUUUAGAAAACAUUACUACAUAAUAUGUAUUGUGAAAGAAUAAAAGUAUUUCUACUUCUGUUUUUUACUUCAAUACUUCUAUAUUAUUAUUACGAAACAAAAAUACGUCCAAUAGUAAAUGAUCAUGACGUCAAUAUCUCAUCAUGGGAAACUAUGACACAUUUUUUAUCAGCUAGAAUAACUAAUGACUCUUUUAUGAAGUUGAAUAGAAAAAGGAAUUAUAAACGCGAAAAUUCUGAGAAAGUACAUGAAAUAUAUGCAGAAAUAUAUAAUCUAACGAAUAUAUGGUCUUUCGAUAAAGACAUGAAGCAAUAUAAAAAUAGGAAUAUGAUUUUGGAAGUGAAUGAUAAAACACAGUCUCCGCAAUCAUUUAGUAAAUUUCCUGCUAAAAAAAUUGCAUAUAAUGCAAAUGCUAAUAUGCGGAAGAAUUUGCCAAAGAAUAAACGGAAAAAGGUGAAAGUAUUAAGACAUGUGUUAAUGAACAAUGUAUCGAAUAAAAAUGAAGAUAAUGGUUAUUCCAAGAGUAUGAAUAAGAAAAAAAUGUAUUGGGUAUGGUUUCAAGAUGAAAAUGAAUCAAGUAUAAUGGAAUUAAUAGUUUUUAAUGCAAGUCAUACGCCAAAUGUCUAUCGCUCAUACACUAAUUAUUCACAUUGAUACUGAUCUUUAUAUUGUGUUCAGUUUUUUUAAUUUAUUAAUUUUAUUAAUUUAUUAAAUUUAUUAAUUUUUAAUUAAUUUAACAGCAUAACCUAUAAUUAUUUUAUAAAAGCAGCGCGCUCUUAAAUUCUACGUAGAUCUUAAGCUGAAUUAUAGAAGUUUAUGAUUUAUGACGCAUUAUUUAUUUUUUAAACAUUCUAUUCCUAUAUUAAACGAAGAAGUAUUUGUUUUAUAAUCAUCAAAUUAUUUUUUUUAACACUUUGUAACUGUAUUGUAAGUAAUGUGUCGUGUGAUACCUGUCGUGUGACUGUUAACCAAGUGUUUUUUGAAAUAAUAAGUCCAGAAUAAUCGCUUUUCAUUACAUUUACAAUAUCUCUAUAAUAUAAUAAUAUACGCUGUUGGUAAUAGAAUUUACAAAUUGAGAAAAUGUACCUAUUGGUUUUUGUGAACUGUAGAUUGUUUGAACAAUUAAUUAAGUCGUUGUUAUAAUCUGUAAACGGAAAAUCAUUGCGAGUUGCAACUUACCUUUCUGUACAAAAUCUGACAAUAAUGGAACAUAAA